AACUCUGCUUCAGUAACUCAGUUCAGUUAGCCCCAAGCUCUCUGGCUGCUGCUUAGGACUGGUGUGUCUGGCUGGGGCUCUCUGAGCCAUGAACCGCUUCAGGGGUGCUGUCCUUCUCUGGGCAGUGGCAGCAUGGGCGAAAAUGGACAUGCCUCUGGAAGUGACAGAUGAGGCUGGCUUUCAAAAAUGCAAGAAUGCCUUAAAACUACCUGUUCUGGGAGUCUUACCUGGAGGCGGCUGGGAUAAUCUGCGGAAUGUGGACAUGGGACGGGUGAUGGGCUUGACCUACACUCACUGCCGGACCACAGAAGACGGACAGUACAUCAUCCCGGAUGAAAUCUUUACCAUUCCCCAGAAGCAGAGCAACCUGGAGAUGAACUCAAAAAUCCUGGAGUCCUGGGUGAAUUACCAGAGCAGCACCUCCUACUCCAUCAACUCGGAGCUGUCUCUUUUUUCCAAAGUCAGCGGCAAGUUCUCCCCUGAGUUCCAGAGGAUGAAGACCCUUCAGGUGAAGGACCAAGCUGUAACUACCCAGGUUCAAGUAAGAAACCUGGUCUACACAGUCAAAAUCAACCCAGAUGCAGAACUAAGCUUGGGAUUUAAGAAGGAGCUCAUGGACAUUUCUGAUUGUCUGGAGAACAACCAGACGCGGAUGGCCACCUACCUGGCAGAACUCCUGGUCCUCAACUAUGGUACCCAUGUCAUCACCAGCGUGGAUGCCGGAGCUGCUCUCAUCCAAGAGGACCACAUCAGAUCCUCCUUCCUCCAGGACAGCCAGAGCAGCCACAGUGCUGUGACCGCAUCUGCUGGAAUCACUUUCCUAAACAUUGUGAACUUCAAAUUUGAGGAGAACUACACCUCGCAGAAUGCCUUCACCAAGAACUACCUCUCAAACAGGACCAACUCCAGGGUGCAAAGCAUCGGAGGGCUUCCCUUUUACCCAGGCAUCACCCUCCAGACCUGGCAGCAGGGCAUCACCAACCACCUGGUGGCCGUAGACCACGCCGGCCUGCCUCUGUAUUUCUUCAUCAACCCUGACAUGCUGCCUCACUUGCCGGGGCCCUUGGUGAGAAAGUUGUCUAAGACGGUGGAAACUGCUGUGAGACGCUAUUAUGCAUUUAACACCUACCCUGGUUGCACGGAUCUCAACUCGCCCAACUUCAAUUUCCAGGCUAACACUGAUGAUGGCUCUUGCGAGGGGAAAAUGACCAAUUUCUCCUUUGGCGGAGUUUAUCAGGAAUGCACUCAGCUCUCAGGGAAUGAGGUUGUCUCACUCUGCCAAAACUUGGAGCAGAAGAACCCACUCACGGGCGAUUUCUCCUGCCCCUCCGGCUACUCCCCAAUCCAACUGCUAUCCCAGAUCCACGAGGAGGGUUAUAACCACCUGGAGUGUCCACGGAAGUGCACCUUCCUCAUCUUCUGCAAGACGGUGUGUGAAGAUGUGUUCCAAGUGGCGAAGGCUGAAUUUAGGGCGUUUUGGUGUGUGGCCAGAGGCCAAGUAGCAGAAAACUCAGGACUACUUUUUGGGGGCCUCUACAGUGGGAAGAGCAUAAACCCUUUGACCAAUGCACAGUCCUGCCCGGCUGGCUAUUUUCCAUUGAGACUUUUUGAAAACCUCAAGGUAUGUGCUUCUCAGGACUAUGAGAUUGGAUACAGGUUUUCAGUCCCCUUUGGUGGGUUCUUUAGCUGUACCGUUGGGAAUCCCUUGGUGGAUUCUGCUGUAACUGGAGAUUUACGGGCACCUUCCUUAAAAAAAUGUCCCGGGGGUUUCAGUCAGCACCUAGCCCUCAUCAGCGAUGGAUGCCAAGUGUCUUACUGCAUCAAGGCCGGGCUUUUUACGGGAGGGUCUCUGCCCCCUGCCAGGCUCCCACCUUACUGCCGGCCACCCCUCAUGAGUCAGGUGGCCACCAACACGGUCAUAGUGACCAAUAGUGAGACUGCGAGAUCCUGGAUUAAAGAUUCUCAGACCCACCUGUGGAGGCUGGGAGAGCCGCUCGAGCUUCGCAGGGCCAUGAAGACCAUCCACGGGGAUGGCAGUGGCCUGUCAGGAGGAGCAGCAGCCGGGAUCACCCUGGGGGUCAUGGCCAUCCUGGUAGCUGUCAUGGUCCUGGCCAUUUUUGGCAUCCGGAAGUACAGGAAGAGGGGCUACCUCACUUUGCAGGAUGAGAGGCAGAGUUUUGUCCCAGGCACCACAGUGGCUGGAGACACCUGUGACCAAGAGCAGGAGCAGAGCCCAGCCUAGAUUUCUCCCAGGAAACCAUUUCUCUCAUCUCCAGCCAGAGCGUCUGGCACGUCUUUCUUUUUCCUUUCUCCACUGCUGCCUUCCUAAGUAUUGAAGUUCAAGCACAACAGAAAGCAGGUGUAACUUUGUGACCUCCUUAAGUCUCUGGGCCAGGAAAUGAAUGGAGGUACGUGGACAAGGUCGGGGAGGGGUUGGAGAGCUGCUGUGAUUUUUUUUUUAAGCAGAAGUCACCUCGGGGACUAAAACAUGAAGGGAGUGUCUUUUCUCACCUUGCGUUAUUAAUUAUCUUCACCUACAUGCAUAUGUGCAAAAAGGGAGGAGGGAGAAGGUUGACAUUUGGAUUUGGAGGCAAUGCAUUUAAUAUGAGGUCAGCUAAGAUUUCCAAUUCAUGAGCUAUAAGAAUGUCUUCCUUUGAGUGUUACUCUCCCACCAUUGUGUGCAUAUGUGUGUAUGUUUUAAGCUGUCUGGAUUUCAAGCUCCUGGAGGCUGACAAAGCCCCCAGGAGAUACGGGAAGUUCCGCUUGGCUAUGGUUUUCAGUUUUGAUGGAUCUCCGUCAGCGGACUGCAUCGCCUCCUCUGGGUCAUCUCAGCAGCAGCCGAGGGGAGAGAUGGUGCCUAUUCCAAGCCACCUGGUCCAGCUUCUCCACGGUUAAGACUUACUUAGACGAGGGCCCUCUUGGACUUCAGACUAGUAUCAUAAAGUCCUCAGAAAAUAUUAAUACAGCAUAUGAGCUUCUAUUAGGAGGUCAAGGGAGAAGGGAUGGUUUGGAGACAAGGAAUGAGUGAAGAAAGGGUGAAAACUGGAAAAGAUUCUGGUGCUCGUGGGAGAUAGGGAUUCUUACCCACAACCAAUUACCUGGUUUCGUCCCCUUAGCUCCUCGUAAAUGGGGCAAAGGGAGCAGCUACAGCUUCGGGUAGAUCGGGCAUUACUAUUUCAUGUUCUGUUACCAAGGUACAAAGCCCUCCUCCUCCGUGGAUGGCCGCCCCCCUCUCCAUCCUCCCAUCCCGUGCACACACACUUGAACACACACACACUCCCACACACCCCACAUUCCAACAAGAGGCGUGCAUUUUUCUGGGAGUGGGAUACAAGGAAAACUCCGAGAAGUCAAAGUAAACCCACACCUAGGCACCCCUUCCUCCCCAAAACCUCAACAGGGAAGGUUGAAGUAUUUUUACCAAUUAUGUACCCUGCCUUUUUUUUUUUUCCAGCAGAAAGGGGACUGACAUGAUCAAAUCAAUAAUUUUACAUGAAGCAAAAAAGGCAUCCGACAUCACUUGUGACGCAUUUAUUUCAGUUCCAGGCUGACCUCCCUGGGACAUCUAGCAGGAUGCAUGGUUGUUACUUGGCAUUCGAGGCUUUGCCCAGUUUUAAUAACUGCCUCACCUAAUUGUAACGACUAGGGUGAAUCUAUUAAUGUUCCCCCACAACAUUUUAAAAAGUUACAUAGUUCUUCACCAAAUCAAAUGUCAUUGGAUAAUCUGUCCUUUCUUCAUUAACAUUCACCAUCAAGAAUGUUCCACUAGGUCCUUCUUCUGAGGACCCUGAAGCAUCCCCGCCUGUGGGAAGAUGGGAGGAGGUUUACUCAUCCAUCUCCCACUGCGAUACAGAGAAGUGAUUUACAAAAUUUGAGCCCUGCUCCCAGCUGGGAACACUGAUUUCUGCAACCUCUCUACUUACCCCUGCUUCUUCUUAAGCAUUAAAACUUAACCUUAACCUCUGGGUGUUUUGUGGGUAUGUUUUAGCCAAGCUAACCACUUUCCUGCCAAUGCUGACUUACUUCCCCAUGAGAUCUUUGAAGACCACUGAGUCAGAGAGACAAAGUAUAUCUAUAAGCUCCCAGGCUUUUAAUGCACUAACUGCCCGUUGAAACAGAGAGCUCUUCACAAACUUUUAUUUCUAACAACAUUGCACAUAAAUAUGCAUUAAAACGUGUACUUGAGGGACGCUCCGUCUGACUGUUCAUCCACAGGAAACCAGAAGCAAGGGGUUUGCGGCUGACAUUCAUCAAGUCAUUUUGCACAGUCAGAACCCCGAUGGGGGGGUUCACAGCGUCUGCUUUCUGAGUCCCGCUUUCCUGACCGUGUCGCUCGGGCUGGGGUCUGCCCAAGACAAAUCCGGGCUUCCAAGAAAACCACACUCCGUGGACUUUCAGGAACAGAGAUGCAUUUGGGUGACAAACGAGGCUUUGCAAUUGCAUUUUAUUUCUGUGUUCUCAUUAGUAUCAGGAUGAUCAAUAUUAAACAUGUGUUUGAAAAACAA